GCCUGCAUCUCUCCAACAGCCACAGAUCUGCCGAACCUCCAUCUGCUGUCACAACUUGUCCAUCUCGCAGCGCCUUAGCCGGAGCUAGCGGUCUAUCCUGCCUGGGACAACUUGGUGGAUUAUCCAUAUCUUCAGAAAACAAGAGUUUUCUGAUUUCUACUCAUGUGGGUGGUGGAGAAGAUCCGUGUGUCAGUGGAGAGAUCUAACCUGCCUAUCCCAUCAGCAGAGCUCAGCUUGAAAAUCAGCGACAUUAUGUUGGGAGAACGAGCUGACAAGCCCAAAAGGAUUUCCCUCUGUCCUAACAUCAUCACCCCUGACAACAUCCCAGAGUUCUGCAUCCCCCCAACAAUCCUAUCCCUGCAGGAGAUGAAGAACACGGAGCAAAGCCGAACGCCUCGCAUUACCAAGGUGUCCCCCUGUGGGAGGGCGACCCCUGAAACAGAGGUGACGUUUCAUGAGACGCUCAACCCGCACAUUAUUCAGGUGGAAAGUGUGGAUGAGAGCCCCUACGAUGGCUGCAGUGAUGAGGAGACCACCAAUGCAGAUCCCCAGAGCCAGGCAGCUUUAUCUCUUCCACACCUCGCCAAAGCCCAGACCAGCUAUGGCUUUUGCACCUUGCUUGAGAGCCCCCACACCAGGAGAAAGGAGUCCAUUUUCCAUUCUGAUCCCGGCUCCUCUCCCCUGCUGCUGCCCAGGAGUCGAUCCAGCAUGUGCUCCAAAGUCUCCCCCUCCGUCUCGCCCUCGUCCUCUCCUUCUUCUUUCAGCCUUAACAGCCUGACCUCCAGGCUUUCCCCGAGAGGCUACACCCUGAACUGGCAGGCCGCUCUGGACAGCGAUACAACUUCCUCUACUGAAUCCUCUCCUUUUAGCUCGCCGCUGCUGACCAGGUGCCCUGCCAAGUCUUCCCUCUUCAAAGCACUGAGCCAUGAACUGCUGUUGUCAAGGAACAUGAGGAAGGCAAUGGUGUCCAGGAACAAUUCCCUGUCCACUGAUGAAGGCAGCUCCACAGACAACAGCCCCAAUGUCAUGAGGAGGGCAUCAGAAGGGUUAGCUGAAGGCCUGCCCAGCAGCUACAGCCUCGCGCCUCCCACCAUCUUCCCCAUGGACUUGACUCUGCACAAAGAGAGGGUAAUGAAGGAAAGAAUGGUGCCCAUAGGAAAAGAUGGCAGUCUGAGACUCUCAGCGGAGUACUGUCCGGAUAACCAAAGACUGAGGGUUCGACUUAUCAGUGCUGAGGGCCUCUAUCCUCUUUCUGUAGACCCCAAGAUUAUCAACUGCAGCAUCAGCCUCUCCCUGGUUCCUGGAAAAGUGCAGAAGCAACGCAGCACAGUCAUCAGAAAGAGCCGUAAUCCGAUCUUCAAUGAGGAUUUCUUUUUUGAUGGUAUCUCAGAGGACGACCUCAGCCAGCGGUCCCUUCGCUUUAAAGUGGUGAACAAAAUGUCCACCCUGAAAAGAGACUAUCUGCUUGGUGACUGUGAUUUGCCUCUUUCAAGCAUUGUAACAUUAUAAACCGAAAUACUUCUUGAACUGUUUAUUUAU